AUGGCCUCUGUGACAGCUGAGAUUAACAAUUGCGAGGAUACGCUCGACGUGCUUGCACUUCUUGUCAGCCACUCUGUCAUUCAGGUGCUCGAAGGAUCUAGUCAAAAACAGGCCGAUCUGCUGGCAAUCUACAGGUGGGCAGCGGCGAACAAGGCCGCGCGGCACUCCGAACUGCUUGAGAAAUUCUGGAGAAGGCAGUCAGCCCAUUCCAUUGAGGCUCAGGAAACAGAAGGAUCUGAAGAGUUGAAUCUAACACUCGAGGUUGUGGAUCUUCUAGACGAACUGAACAUCUUGAUGCUUGUGUUCGAAAAACAAGACAACGUCGUGAGUGAGUUGUUGACCAACCUGUCUCUGAUCAAGCCGAAAGAGGAUGGGAAAAGAGGAGGACCUGAACAACGGAUUGUUUUUGAGGGCUGCAGCCUUGGAGAUGUCCGCUUGAACACCAGCGGAUACUCUACAGCAGAGAUGCUGUUCCGUGGUUCUUCGAUUGGAGAUCUUGAAACGUUCGCCAACGUGAUCUCUACCUCACUGGGAGGGUAUGCCGGGAAAUGCCUCGAAAGAGCUGCACGUCGCCUUCGUUUGGAGAAGUCACAGAUAGAGAGGCUUCACCGUGAAGUGGCCCAAACACACAGAUUGUUGCUAGAGCUUUUGGACCUAGAGCAGAAGGCAGCCAGUCUUGGGGAAGCUCGAAUUACGACGAAACAAGGACAAGCUAUUAUGCUUUUCACAAUUAUUACUAUCAUAUUCCUCCCUCUUUCGUUCUUCACCUCUUAUUUCGGCCAGAACGUGUCAGAGCUCACCGGGGACCCUCAAAACCCGAAGUCGGGUGAUCUUUGGAAGAUAGCCGCCCCGAUAUCCGUAGUGGUUAUUCUGGUCGCCUUGGCCAUUUCCUUCUUCAUUGUUUAUCCUUGGAAAUCUGGGAAGGACUUCGUCGCCGGAAUCUGGACCAGGUGUGUGCAGCGACUCAGUAGCGGAAGUAAGGGAGAGGCGGAAGCUGGAACAGUCGAUUGA